UUCCGAGUUUUAUGUGUGUGUGUGAGGUUGAGGCUUCUGGGACCUUGCCCACCCUCCUUAAGUCUUCUUCUUCUCGCUCUCUCUCUCUCUACAAUUUAAGAGGGAUUUAUCAAAGACCCAUUUGUUUCUGAAACAUUGCAGCUUUUGUUGGUACAAGAGAUUGGGCAGUUGUCUGAGAUAUAACACAGCCUGAGGUACAAAUCUUCCCAGAACGAAAGGUAGUCGAGAAGUUAAGAUCCGGGGCCAUGAAGCAGAAAGAUGGAAAACCAUUUUCGCAACCCGACAAAAGUUCCAGGGCAGUCCCCAUGACAAUAAUGUUUGUUGUAUUAUGUGGGUUUUCAUUCUAUCUGGGUGGCAUCUUCUGUUCCGAGAGAAGCGCUUAUGUUACAGAAGUAGUCACCAAAGCUGUUGAAUCUCCAAAGAAAACCAAAGUCGGCUCUACCCAUCUUGAAAUCAAGCCUGUUUCCUUCCCUGAAUGCAGUGUUGACUAUCAAGACUACACUCCGUGCACAGAUCCGAAGAGGUGGAAGAAGUACAGUGUCCACCGGCUUUCUUUCUUAGAGCGCCACUGUCCUCCGAUUUUUGAGAGGAAAGAAUGCCUGGUUCCUCCUCCGAAUGGGUAUAAGGUACCUAUUACAUGGCCCAAGAGCAGGGACGAGUGUUGGUACAGAAAUGUGCCUUACGAUUGGAUCAACAAGCAGAAGUCAAAUCAGAAUUGGCUGAGAAAAGAGGGGGAAAAAUUCCGCUUCCCUGGUGGGGGUACUAUGUUCCCCAAUGGUGUUAGUGCUUAUGUUGAUUUGAUGCAAGAACUGAUUCCACAAAUGCGAGACGGGACCAUUCGAACUGCCAUUGAUACCGGUUGUGGUGUUGCGAGCUGGGGAGGUGAUUUACUGGAUCGUGGAAUUCUUACAGUUUCCCUGGCCCCGAGGGAUAAUCACGAGGCUCAAGUGCAAUUCGCUCUGGAACGUGGCAUUCCAGCGAUUCUGGGCAUCAUUUCAACUCAGCGACUUCCUUUUCCCUCUAGCUCUUUUGACAUGGCUCAUUGCUCAAGAUGUCUGAUCCCAUGGACAGAAUUUGGUGGGAUCUACCUUCUAGAAAUAAACCGCAUACUCCGUCCUGGAGGCUUCUGGGUUCUGUCUGGUCCACCCGUGAACUAUGAGAAUCGCUGGAGAGGCUGGAACACAACUGUGGAGGAGCAGAAAUCGGAUUAUGAGAAGUUGCAGGAUUUGCUAACAUCAAUGUGCUUUACUUUGUACAAGAAGAAGGAUGACAUUGCUGUGUGGCAGAAAUCUAAAGACAAUAGCUGCUAUACCAGGCUUGCAGUUGCGGAUGCCUACCCACCUAAGUGCGACGAUGGCACUGAACCAGAUUCUGCAUGGUACACUCCACUCCGGCCUUGUGUUGUUGUUCCAGACCCGAAGCAUAAGAAGCUGGCACUGAAAUCCAUCCCUAAGUGGCCAGAACGUUUGCAUGUAGCACCUGAACGUAUUGGUGAUAUUCAGGGCGGCGGUUCUGGUGCCUUCAAGCAUGACGACAGUAAGUGGAAGGUAAGAGUGAAGCACUACAAGAAGUUGCUCCCUGCAAUUGGUACCGACAAGAUCAGAAAUGUAAUGGACAUGAAUACCGUUUAUGGAGGUUUUGCUGCAGCUGUGAUCAACGAUCCCCUUUGGGUGAUGAAUGUGGUCUCCACCUAUGCGGCCAACACGCUUGCUGUUGUCUAUGACAGGGGCCUUAUUGGAACCUACCAUGACUGGUGUGAGGCUUUCUCUACAUAUCCCAGGACAUAUGAUCUCCUUCACCUUGACGGGCUUUUUACUGCUGAAAGCCACAGAUGUGAAAUGAAGUAUGUACUCUUGGAGAUGGACAGGAUCCUGCGACUCAACGGGUACGCUGUAAUCAGGGAGUCGAGCUAUUUUGUGGACGCAGUUGCUACCAUGGCCAAGGGGAUGCGAUGGGGAUGCCGAAAGGAAGACACGGAAUAUGGGGUUGAGAAGGAGAAAAUCUUGAUCUGCCAGAAGAAACUUCGGUACUCCUCCAAGCAGAGUUCCAGUUAAGAAGGAAGGAAUGCAAUGAAUCUAAAGGAGGAUUGAACCCAGCAUUCAUAACAUCAGAUCAGGCAUAGGAGAUAGGAGCCAAGGUACCCUACUGCCAUAAAGAAAUUUGUUUCAUAAGUAAAAAUGUCAAAAAAAUUCAAUUUUUGAUUUUAAAAAUACUAGUUUUACCCACCCAAUAAUAUUUAUUUUUUCCCCACAAAUUUAUGUUGAUUUUGAUAUGAAGUAUUCUUUCCAAAUCAAAAGGUGAUCUCAGAAUUGUAGUCUUCCCCUUUGUGUUUUGGCUCUCUUGUCAUGGUAAUGUCCUUAGACCUAAAUGUGCAAUUUGUAAUGCGUUCAAAGGUCACAUUAUGUAGCUUCCUAUUUUGUUUAUGUAAUGCAAUUUGUUAUAAUUAGCAGCCA